AUGCUCCAGUGUGGCUAUGGAGGGGUUUUGCCCUGUGCUGCUGCGAAAGCAACGCACCCUCUCCCUCAGCAGCAUUCAACUUCUCCACCAGCAUUAGCUCUUGCAUCUGAUAUCUUGCUGCCUUUUGCUGCCUCGACUGUCCCGAGCCAACCAGUGGGGGAAGACGCCGCUAUUGCACUGCCGACCACUAUAGCCGACGUUGCGUGCACGGAAGCGCUGGCUGCUCCCGAAAAACAACGCACCAGCAAAUUCUCACGUAUUUUAUCCAGGAUCUUCGCCGCUUCUAGAGGGGACGGCAACAGCAGCGAUGGCAAGGCAGAACAACACCAGUUGUUGCUGCCUUGCCUUCUAGGGGAUCCCUUUGCCUGCCUAAGUGUUAAUAGGAGAGUUGGAGUGGCUGCUGGCACAUAUUUGGGCCGGCUUUCUCUUUUCUACGGGACCGACUCUUCCGCCACAGUGCAGCUGCCACAGCAGCAUCUAUUUGGAGAGUCUCAGAAGAAUGAAGCGAUAAAAGGGCAGGUGCUCCUGCCGCAGGCGUACAGCGAUGAUGGCGUCGCUAUAUGUUGGGUGGACAGUUCCUACCUCACGGCAAUUAUGGGGGCGUCUGAUCUUGUGCAGUGGAAGCUGCCGUCUCUGCGGUGUAUGGGGAGCGAGCAGCUCUCCCUGUUCGCGGGUCGGAGCUCCUUCAACACAGUGGCCAUUAGCAUGCGGCUUUUGCGACGCUGCGAGGAUACGAAGCAGCUACAGUUGAUGUACAGGCACUGCAGCAAGGCUUUAGCGAAUAUGAUCCUUCUUAAGAUGCAGCAUCCUCACAGAGAAGCGUCUUUAUCCAUGGCAUCUGAACGUAUGACGGAGUCGAGGAAACACCUGCAGAAAGCGUGGGCUUGUGCGCUAGCCGCAGGUCACUGUACACUCGACAAGCAGCAGCAGCAGCAGCAGCAGCAGCUUCCGCGGUGUCAUAGCGCAUGCCUCUUAGGGACAGGUGCAGCGUGUCUUAUGGACCUGAGGGAAGGCGAUAUGUACGAGCGCUACGAGGCAAGUUACUUUUCUAAGUUGUGGAGAAGCAUGGAAGCCUCGAAUUUUAUUGCUUUGGAUUUCAAUGGCGAUUUUUUGCUGUGCUGCAGUGGCGAUGGCAUGCCCGAUCGUCGCUGGUUGUUCGUGGUGGAUGCUCGAGGGGCUGCAAGACUCGUUGAGGAGAGUCAGGGCUGGUGUGCUGCGAGACGCAGCUACAUGGACGAAUUCUUGGUAUUUAAGCAGCUUGGGCCGCGUCGUAUGAAUCACGCGCGCUUCUUGUUCUCCUUUUUUCUGCUGGUUUCCGCUUCCAACGGAAUAUGCGUGUACGAUCUGCGUCUACCCUUCUUCGAGUAUUACGCCUCCCGUGCGCGGAGUCUCGGCCUGCUCAGCAGGAGGGCAGCAGCAGAAGCGGCAGCAGCUGGCUACCAGUGCUGCUCUGGCACCUGCUCGAACUUCAAAUGCACGGAUCAGCAGCGGCAGCCGUCUGGCGCUGCUGCCUGCGGCUCAGGAGACGCCCCCCCUUCCGCUGGAUUGCCAGGCAUCUCCUUGGCUAGACCAAGUGCUCUGCAGCGAAGCGAGAGACUCGACUCUUCCAGAGAAACAGACUUUGCGACACCUGCGGCAGAGAACCAUUACCACCCCUUCUUUCUCUUCGAACGCUCUCCUCUCGCUUUUCGAGUAGCAGAAGCGUUCUUCCGCUUUUGCUCGCUGCUCUUGCAGCAACAGAGGCAACUGCUGCAGUUGUCUUCCUUCAAUGGUGACGCUCACACACCACUGCACGGUUCUCUGAAGCCGCCUCCCCCCUUUACUGGGAAGCCCAUGUCAGUUUGUGUCCUCUUGAACUGCUCAAGCGCAUGGCAGGGAGCUGCUCGCAUUAGUCGCGAUACGCGGAAGUCUCUCCCCGCGUAUGAAGGGUGUCUUUGUGGUGUGUCACGCUUUUGCUCCAGGAUGGCCGUAUAUCCUCGCGUCUGA